UGAGAACAUGCGGAGAAACGCGGUAUGAAGAACUUGAAGGUCUCUCAACUAUAUCUCAUAAAUGCUAUCUCUGUCUCGAUCUCUCUCUCUCUCUCCUUACUAUAUAUAGUGUUACUGGCUAGGUCAAGUGAGCUAAAACAAUUGUAUACUGAUCGAGUAACGAUACUACAACACUUAUUAAAAGAUAUGGGGAAAGUAUCGUUUGGCUUAGUGGGGUUGAUGCUUGUCGUGUUAGUAAUUGGGGUUGUGGAGUGUAGGAGAUUUGAAAAGGAGACGUUAGGAGGUGGUGGUGGUGGACUUGGCGGUGGCUUUGGUGGUGGGAAAGGUUUUGGCGGAGGAAUUGGUGGCGGUGGAGGUGCCGGCGGAGGCUUUGGUGGUGGUAUAGGUGGAGGCCAUGGUGGCGGUUUAGGAGGUGGCAUUGGUGGAGGCCACGGUGGUGGUCUAGGAGGUGGUGCAGGAGGAGGUGCCGGUGGUGGUCUAGGAGGUGGUGCAGGAGGAGGCGCUGGUGGAGGACUCGGAGGAGGCCAUGGUGGAGGUAUUGGUGGUGGUGCUGGAGGAGGUUCUGGUGGCGGUCUAGGAGGAGGUGCGGGUGGAGGACUGGGAGGAGGCCAUGGUGGAGGUAUUGGUGGUGGUGCCGGAGGAGGUGCUGGUGGCGGACUCGGAGGAGGCCACGGUGGAGGUAUUGGUGGUGGCGCCGGAGGAGGUGCGGGUGGAGGAUUCGGAGGUGGUGCUGGUGGGGGUGGUGGUCUUGGAGGAGGACAUGGUGGAGGUUUUGGAGGGGGCGCAGGUGGCGGUUCUGGUGGGGGAUUAGGCGGAGGUGCCGGAGGAGGAUUCGGUGGAGGAGCUGGCGGUGGUGCAGGUGGAGGAUUCGGAGGUGGUGCAGGAGGAGGUUCUGGUGGAGGAUUUGGUGGAGGUUCUGGUGGAGGAUUUGGUGGGGGAGCUGGCGGAGGAGCUGGUGGAGGAUUUGGCGGUGGUGGUGGUGCCGGUGGUGGAGUUGGCGGUGGAUUUUAAAUUUAAAUAAAAUUGAAUAUAUUCAUACAAAAUCUAUUCUUGGCUUGAACUAAUUGAGCUAGGGCUAGUAACUUAUGUACCAAGUCAUAUGAAAAGAAAGUAAAUCAUGUUUUUCCUUAAUUUGUUAUUAUGUAUGAAUCAUACUUAAUUUUUUUUUAGAAAAAGUUCCAAUAUUCAUAUUCAUUUGAAAAAAGUUCCGGUUA